AUCCUUUGUUCCCUGUUCGUCAGCAGCCCAGAAGCGGGAGUGUUGAUAAAGCUGUAAGAGAGCUGCAGCAGCAGCAGUUGAUGAACUCUGGAAAGAAGUCCAGCAGCUUGAGGAACAUCUGGUCAAAGAAACUGGAGGGAAGCAGGAGCUCAAACAGCGGCAGGACGCAGCAGAGGAAGAGACACCAGAUGAUGGAUGAUGUUUUCCAGCCCAGAUUAGUGCUGCCAGCAGAUGUUAAAGAAGAGGCUCCUGAAGAACAGAGUCCUGAUGUGGAUCAGCAGGAGCCAGAGCCCCGCCAGAUAAAGGAGGAACAGGAGGAACUCUGGACCAGUCAGGAAGGAGAGCAGCUCACUGUGAAGGAGGAGACUGAUACCAGGUUUCCAUUAACUGCAGCUCCUAUCAAGAAUGUUAAAGAAGAGGCUCCUGAAGAACAGAGUCCUAAUAUGAACCAGCAGGAGCUGGAGCUCCUCCACAUAAAGGAGGAACGUGAAAGAAUCUGGGCCAGCCAGGAUGGAGAACAACUGAAUGUGAAGAAGGAGACUGAUGAUACCAGGUUUCCAUUUACUGUUGUUCAUAUGAAGAGUGAAGAGGAUGAGGAGAAACCUCUGUUCUCUCAGCUUCAUCAACAUCAAACAGAAGAUAGAGAUCUUCCAAGCAGCAGCUCAGCUGACCAGAUAAAAGGAGAAAUUAAAGAAGAGGACUGUGGGACAGCAGAAUCCAGCAGGAACCCAGAUCCAAAUACUCAUGGAAACACUUCCAACUAUUCAGAAACUGAAGAGAAUGAUGUGAACCACCAUAAAUCUGAGCUUAAAAAUUUGUCAGACUCUGAAACUGAAGACAGUGAGGAGGAUUGGAAGGAGAGCAGGACUCCAGGGUCAGGCAGAAACGCUGUCAACAAAUCUUUGAGCUGCUCUGAGUGUGGAGGAAAAUUUGCUAACAGACGCUCUCUUCAGAGUCACAUGACAUGUCAUCCAAGAUUAACGUCUUCAGAUUGUUCUGGUAGUGAGACGUGUUUCAGAGAAAAGAAAAACAUAGAUUCAAUGACGAAGUUUCAGACAGGUAGUAAAGAUUUUAACUGUGGUGAUUGUGGUAAAAGUUUUAAUUUGAAACAAAAUCUCAAAAGGCACACAAAAGUCCACACAGUGGGGAAACCCUUUAGUUGUGAUGCAUGUGGAAAGAGAUUUUCCCAGAAGUCAAGUUUAUACAUACACAUGAGAAUCCACACAGGAGACAAACCCUUUAGUUGUGGUGAAUGUGGAAAAAGAUUUUCCCAGAAGUCAAGUUUAUACAUACACAUGAGAACCCACACAGGAGACAAACCCUUUAGUUGUGGUAAAUGUGGAAAAAACUUUUCCCAGAAGGCCAGUUUAGACAAACACAUGAGAAUUCACACAGGAGACAAUCCCCUGAGUUGUGAUGUUUGUGGAAAAGGAUUUGCCUGGAAGUCAGAUUUAACCAGACACAUGAGAACCCACACAGGAGAUAAACCCUUCAGUUGUGGUAAAUGUGGAAAAAAUCUUUCCCAGAAGGCCAGUUUAGACAAACACAUGAGAAUCCACACAGGAGACAAACUCUUUGGUUGUGAUACAUGUGGAAAGAGAUUUUACCAAAUGUCAGUUUUAGACAAACACAUGAUAAUACACACAGGAGACAAACCCUUUAGUUGUGAUGUUUGUGGAGAAAGAUUUGCCUGGAAGUCAGCUUUAAUCAGACACAUGAAAAUCCACACAGGAGACAAACCCUUUGGUUGUGAUACAUGUAGAAAAACAUUUGCCAGGAAGUCCAAUUUAGACACACACAUGAGAAUCCACACUGGAGACAAACCCUUUAGUUGUGAUGUUUGUGGAAAAAGAUUUGCCUGCAAGUCAACUUUAACCAGACAUGUGAGAAUCCACACAGGAGACAGUCCCUUUAGUUGUAAUGUUUGUGAAAAAAGAUUUGCCUGCAAGUCAAAUUUAGACACACACAUGAGAAUCCACACAGGAGACAAAGCCUUUAGUUGUAAUGUUUGUGAAAAAAGAUUUGCCUGCAAGUCAAAUUUAGACAAUCACAUGAGAAUCCACACAGGAGACAAAGCCUUUAGUUGUGAUGUAUGUGGAAAACUAUUUGCCUGGAAGUCAGCUUUAACCAGACACGUGAGAAUCCACACAGGAGAAAAACCUUUUGGUUGUGAUGCAUGUGGAAAAACAUUUGCCAGGAAGUCCAAUUUAGAUGAUCACAUGAGAAUCCACACAGGCGAGAGAAGCCCUUCGGUUGAGAUGCUUUUGUUAUAAGAUUAUACGAAAAGUCAAAUCUAAAGCGACACUGAAUAACUCACAGAGGAACUAAACCGUCAAGCUGUGAUGCUUGUGCAAGUCAUCUUUAAACUGACAGACUAGAUCACUCUUAACCCACCACACACGGCAGGAUUAUCUCAUAAGAUUAUCUUGAUAGCUAGCACCAGGAUCGAGCAUGUCGGAAGAUCGGGAUGAAAAUCGGCAUAAAUUCCUGCCGUGUGAACCUGGCACUACUUACCUUCUAAUUUGCAUUGUGACUGGUUGUUUGAACAUAUACCAAUUGUUGUCCUUAAUUACUUUUAAAACUAAUUUGACCUCAUUUCCAGAUUCCUCAAAAUAAAUCUUGGUUCUUAAACCUAAAUAUCAACACUGAACUGUGACAUCAUUGCAUCAAUUGUAUUGGUCCCCUUUUAUUUGUAUAUAGUUUCAUUAGUUUCUGUAUUCCUUCAUGUUGCUUGGUAGUUUUAGUUUAAUGGUUCUAGUCUAGUAUUUUGUUAAUUGAAAUAUUUUAACUUGGAGUUUAAUUGUUUUUGUUAAUAAAUUCUUAAAUUUUGA